AUGCCGAAAACUAAAGGAGGUGGUGACCAAGUUUGUACACUAGAAUGUGUAAAAAAGGGUCAUUUGCAACAAUUUGAAGGUCCUGUUAAAAUAAUUGUCGUCGAGCCUUCAAUAAACGACUUAUUUAAAAGAAUAUUGGAGUCAAGCCUCUUAGCUUUUUGUCAUUUGUUCAUCGGCGCCGCUGUGUGUAUGGCUUUAUAUUUUUCAUAUAUAUGCAGACUUCCUAUAUUUAUUAGUGCGCAUAUUGCUGCCUGUACAACUGGGUUCCAACUAUUUUUGCCAAGUGCUUUUUUAAUCCUUAACCCUUACUUCGGUGCUUCAAUACAACUGAAAAAUAGACAAAGGAAAUCGCAGCAUGCCUACUUAACCCACCUUACUUUGAUCUUCGGUUUGACCGGUGGUUUGCAUAUUCUUUGCUAUAUCGUUAUGUCGGCAUUCCCUUAUAAUCCACAUACUAUUACAGGACUUUUGACUUUAAUAUCUUCAAUACCAGCAUUUUUCAUUGGACCGCUGCUGUAUCACACUGGCAUAUGUUCGCCAAAAGAAGCCAUAACACUAAAGAAGAUCAAAAAUGGUCUGGUAUAA